AAAACAACUAGGUGAAACAAACAAAUUGAGAAAGGAGUUGGUGCUUUGUAUGAAAUCAAAAAAAGGAAGGAAUAGACGGUCUUGAAUAAAAAAAUUGGUGUCCCAAUCAAGUUAAUCAAUCAACAAAGACCCUUGAAAAAAGGACAAAAACGUCUUAUCGAAUUUAAAACGAAUCAAUUAAAAAUGGAGAGUUUAAUGGUUCCCACCAAAGAUGAUCUGAAAUCAAUUCAAAAGCGUGAAUUUCGUCAACGUCAAGAGCAAGCCCGUAAGCAGCGCAUUUUCAAUCCUCGUAUUCGAUUGAUUGGCAUCGACAAAGUUGCCUUGGAUCAAUCGGUCGAAGAGAAGCAAAAUCAACGCAUCGCCCGAUACAAAGAAGAACUGUGCUAUGCGUUGGAGCAAAAUCGUCAAACGGAAAUCUUAAACGCCCAACUCGAUGAAUUGGCCGAUGUCAAAUUCCAAACGCAAUGCGAACUGAAUGAAUUUCGAACGCAUUUUCAGCGUAAAGAUCAGUCUCGUGAUUAUGAUUUGAAUGAUCCCGAAGGAUUGAGAAAAAUGUCGCCAUUGGACGAUGUUGAUUGGUUGGGUGAAGAUCCGGAUAAUUUACAUCGCAUCAAAUUGCAGCGCGAGCAACAAAAAUCAUGGCUUCAACAGCAAAUUGAAGAGAAAAAUCGUACCAAAAAAGAUAUGACCGAAGCGAAAAUGGCAAUUGAAUUCGAUGCACUGCAUAAAGAUGAACAAUUGAAAGCAACCGCACAAAUGGAACGACAACAACGACAACAAUUGCAAGCGGAAACAGCACGUUACAAUUUGGCGUUGGCACGUGACCAACAAGCCAAACGAAUGGAGAAAAAGCGCAAGGAAAAUGAAGAUAAUUUGGCCGAAAUUAUGAAUAAUCUAACGAGCGAAAUGCUGAUGGAAAGCAAAGAUGCAGGUAUAUCGUCGAGCCUGUUUGGCGGUCGACGAGUAAAUACAACAAUGUACCGCGGCAUGACUGAUGAACAAUUGAAAGAAAUUAAGGAAGAACAACUGCGACAAGUGGCAGAAAAACGCGCACAAUCGGCUAAGUCGAAAGAGAAUGACGCAUUUUAUGAUGGGACAAUGGAAGCUCGAAAUAAUUUACUUGCAGCCGAAGAACAAGAUGUCAGGCAAUACAAAUUACAAACGCUUAUCGAACAGAAAUUUAUGAAUGACCAAUUGCGAAGAGAACAAAGACAAAGAAAUCACUAUUUGAACGUAGACGUUUAUAAAUUCAAGCCGACUGAAGAGUAUUUUGAACAAUUUAAUACAACUACUAGAUAA